GACAUGAUAUCAUGCUGGGGUGGAGAGGGAGAAUGAAUUGGCGGCGGGGAUGAAUUUGAGCUGGCGGAAGAAGGUGUUCAGUGAGGAAAAGGAGGAAAAGGAAAGACUACCACAUUUCCCAUGAUGCCGGAGGAGGACUACAUUUUCCAUGAUGCCCCGAAAAGGGCAUGAGGUGGGAAGACUGAAAGUCCCGCGAUGUUCUCCGCGGCCGGCGGCGGCGAAUGAACCGGAAGACGCUUCCAAGACUUGAGUUGGGAGCACCAAAAGUCCAAUAUGAAGCUGUAUUGCCUCUCAGGGCACCCAACUUUACCAUGCAAUGUGCUCAAGUUCAAAUCAACCACUAUUAUGUUGGACUGCGGACUGGACAUGACUUCUACCCUCAAUUUCCUUCCUUUGCCACUGGUUCAAAGUCCCAGGCUGUCCAAUCUUCCUGGCUGGUCUCUAAAGGAUGGAAAUGCUUUCUUGGACAAGGAGCUAAAGGAGUGCUCAGGUCAUGUAUUUGUGGAUUCUGUGCCUGAAUUCUGCUUACCGGAGACCGAGCUAAUAGACCUGUCUACGGUAGAUGUGAUUCUCAUCUCAAACUAUCACUGCAUGAUGGCACUGCCCUACAUCACUGAGCACACAGGAUUUACAGGCACAGUGUAUGCCACAGAGCCCACCGUUCAGAUUGGCAGGCUUCUCAUGGAAGAGCUGGUGAAUUUCAUUGAAAGAGUGCCAAAGGCUCAGUCUGCCUCCUUGUGGAAGAAUAAGGAUAUACAGCGGCUUCUGCCUUCUCCUCUCAAGGAUGCAGUGGAAGUGUCAACCUGGAGAAGAUGCUAUACGAUGCAAGAGGUGAACUCUGCCCUUAGUAAAAUCCAGUUGGUGGGAUAUUCUCAGAAAAUUGAGCUUUUUGGUGCUGUCCAGGUGACUCCUCUGAGUUCUGGUUAUGCCCUUGGAAGUUCCAACUGGAUUAUCCAGUCCCAUUAUGAGAAGGUUUCUUACGUCUCUGGAUCUUCCUUGCUUACCACACAUCCUCAGCCCAUGGACCAAGCUUCUCUCAAAAACAGUGAUGUUCUCAUUCUGACAGGACUUACCCAGAUCCCCACUGCAAACCCUGAUGGCAUGGUGGGAGAGUUCUGCAGCAACCUGGCUCUGACCGUUCGGAAUGGAGGAAAUGUGUUGGUUCCCUGCUACCCUUCUGGAGUGAUCUAUGACCUCCUGGAAUGCCUGUAUCAGUACAUCGACUCAGCCGGCCUCUCCAAUAUCCCCUUCUACUUCAUCUCUCCAGUGGCUAACAGCUCACUUGAAUUUUCCCAGAUUUUUGCUGAGUGGCUUUGUCACAACAAACAGAGUAAGGUGUAUCUCCCAGAACCGCCUUUUCCUCAUGCAGAGCUCAUUCAGACCAAUAAGCUGAAGCAUUACCCCAGCAUCCAUGGAGACUUCAGCAACGACUUCAGACAGCCAUGUGUGGUGUUCACUGGGCACCCUUCUCUCCGGUUUGGGGAUGUGGUUCACUUCAUGGAGCUCUGGGGAAAAUCUAGUCUCAACACUGUUAUAUUUACAGAACCGGAUUUCUCAUACUUGGAAGCACUGGCUCCCUACCAGCCCUUGGCCAUGAAGUGCAUAUACUGCCCCAUUGAUACGCGCCUGAAUUUCAUCCAGGUGUCAAAACUGCUUAAAGAAGUGCAGCCCCUGCACGUGGUCUGUCCUGAGCAGUACACCCAGCCGCCCCCGGCCCAGUCACACAGGAUGGACCUCAUGAUUGAGUGCCAGCCUCCAGCCAUGUCCUAUCGGCGGGCCGAGGUCCUCGCCCUUCCCUUCAAACGACGCUAUGAGAAGAUUGAAAUCAUGCCUGAGCUUGCAGACUCCCUGGUGCCCAUGGAGAUCAAGCCUGGCAUCUCCUUGGCAACUGUCUCAGCUGUGCUGCACACUAAAGAUAACAAGCACGUGCUUCAGCCCCCUCCCAGGCCCACCCAGCCCACCAGCAGUAAGAAGAGGAAGCGAGUGAGUGAGGACUUGCCUGACUGCAAAGUGCUGAAGCCUCUGUUGAGCGGCUCCAUCCCUGUGGAGCAGUUUGUGCAGACCCUGGAGAAGCACGGCUUCAGUGAUAUUAAGGUGGAAGACACAGCCAAGGGCCAUAUAGUCCUGCUCCAGGAAGCUGAGACGCUCAUCCAGAUUGAGGAAGAUUCAACCCAUAUCAUUUGUGACAAUGACGAGGUGCUGAGGGUGCGACUGCGGGACCUUGUCCUCAGAUUCUUGCAAAAGUUCUGAUCGGGACAGCUGAGCCAUUUCCAGGCCCUGCAAUCCCACACACAGCCUUCAUCCUGGCUCCCAGCAGGGCCGAAUGAGGAAAAGACCUGAAAGGCUGUGGCUCUCUCUGCUGCCCUCUGGCUUCCGUAACGAAGUUUGCAGCGGUGCCUCUGGAGGGGAAUGGCCAGAAUCUGCUAGCGUGACUUCCUCACAGUUUCAGCCAAGAACUGUCCCUUUAAACUAUAGAGUCAUUUUCUUCUCAGCUCUGGUGCUGCAUCACUGAGAGGUGACCCAGCAUGAAAUAAGCCCUUUCCAAGAGGCUUAUGGUGGACAGGAAGUAAAAAGAUGACAGGCCUGUUGUCUUAUAUGGCUGUGUUCUCAUGGCUCACAGGCCGUGGGCAGGGGAAUUGGCUGUUGAUCUUAACUUAUUUACCUGCCUACAACCUGCACCUGUUAGGAAACACAAUCCCCCAAAAUUAGUAAAGUGAACCCUCUAUUUGUAUUUUAUACUGUGGCCCAUUUCGUUAAAUAAAAUUAAUUUCUAUAGAAAUAUCCAUGCUGUGUUGAACAAUAUAAACAGUGAUUUAACAUCUUUAAAAAAUAGAAAAAUCUACAGAAUAUAAACUUAGAAAACUAACUCCACAACAGAUUUUAGUUUCAUGUGUACAUUAAAAUCAUGUAACCCAGCAUUACUUAUUUUAAAAUACAGCUAUAUUUCUUAAAUUGUGUGAAAAGAUACUUAACUUUAAGCUCAAUCUGCAUGAUAAAUACUGACACAGAGAACACCAGCCUUGACCUUCUGGGGAGACCCCUAGCAAGGACAGGCAUGCAUGGCAUGAUGAUGAUGAGGUAAGGACAGACCACACGGAGGCAGGUGGUCCCGUGAGAUUAUGUCACCUUGCAACAUUGUAGUCUUCUUUGUGUUAAGUAUACUUUAUAAUCAUGACAAAAUUGCUUAAUAUAUUUCUCAGAGCAUGUGACUGUAACUCAGGCUCCACUGCCUGUCACUGCCUUUCCCACAGAUCUUCAGGUGUUCACAGACCCAUGAGGAAUGCUGAGGUUUUAAAGAAAAGUAACCUGUCUCCAAAGAUUACGGCAUUUAAAAUAAUGCUGGCUCUGAAUUGUAUAAAUACAUUUUCUAGAUGUUAUGUAAUCUAAGAUAGCAUGAGGUGUAGCUCACAAACCAACUUCAAACAUGUCACUUGGAGGCAUGGCGGGUGAAAGCCUUAGACUGGAUGACAGUUGGUGGUAUGUCCAGCUGAGCCUGCUCAUCACAUGACUACUUGGACUGAUUCAAAGUCCCUCAGCAGUCAGUCUUUCAACUCAGCUAAUAGUUGAACAUCGAAGAGGGACUUAGUGACCUGGGAACUACAGAAAAUGCUGUCAGCUGGGCA